CGUGGCCCCUGAUUGGCUGCGCGGCGCGUCAGUUGGCGUCCGAGGCGGGAGCGCGGAUGCCCGUCCCCGCCCUGUGCCUCCCGCGCGAGGCAGCCCGUGGCUGAGGGGAAAGCGAACCCGGGCGCCGGCGGGCGGCCGCCGCGUCUGACAGACCCACGGGCGGAGGCUGGGCGCCUGUGCGCAGCGUGUGGCUGGCAUGGCGGGGCCGAGGAGUUCCCCGCGGGCGCGGGCGCGGGAGCGGGAGCAGCCUCUUGCCCCCGCCGCAGCCUCACAAGCGCUUAGAGAGGUGGAUGUGGCUGUGCCUCCUGUUUUGCUAUGUGGUGGUGAUGAGAAGCGGCGUACAUUGAGCACCUGCUGCAUACCAGACAAUGUCAUGUACUGUCUUCAUUCCCAGUUUCAGAAAUGGAAGCUUAGACUGGUGAAGUCCAUUGCCCCACAUCAUGUGCUGCUGUGUUCAAGGCCUCUACUGACUGCUCUGAGGAAGUGACCAGGUUCACUCCUGGACACUAGUUACAAAUCAAGCCUUGCACACUGCCUGGAGGAUAGCCAAGGGCUCUGUGAUGUUGGCGGUCUCCUUUCUGGUGGCCACCCUCUGCUACUUCCAGAGAAUGCAUUUGUAUGUAGGACACCGGCUGAAAUGGUGGAUCGGAUAUCUGCAGAGAAAAUUCAAAAGGAACCUCAGCGUGGAGGCCGAAGUUGAUUUGCUCAGUUAUUGUGCGAGAGAAUGGAAAGGAGAGACACCCCGUGCCAAACUAAUGAGGAAGGCUUAUGAGGAGCUGUUUUGGAGGCAUCAUAUUAAAUGUAUUAGACAAGUAAAGAAAGAUAACUAUGAUGCUCUAAGAUCAGUGCUGUUUCAGAUAUUCAGCCAGGGCUUGUCUUUUCCAUCUUGGAUGAAAGAGAAAGACAUUGUUAAGCUCCCUGAAAAAUUGCUAUUUUCACAAGGUUGUAAUUGGAUUCAGCAAUACAGUUUUGGUCCUGAGAAGUAUACAGGUUCAAAUGUGUUUGGGAAAUUACGCAAAUGUGUGGAAUUAUUGAAAACUCAGUGGACUGAAUUUAGUGAAAUUAAAGAUUAUCACAAGAGAGGAAGUAUGUGCAAUGUCCUUUUCUCUGAUGCCAUUCUGGAAUAUAAACUGUAUGAAGCUUUGAAGUUCAUCAUGCUGUACCAAGUCACUGAGGUGUAUGAACAAAUGAAGACUAACAAGGUCAUUCCCAGUCUUUUUAGACUGCUGUUUUCCAGGGAGACUUCAUCUGACCCUUUGAGCUUCAUGAUGAAUCAUCUGAAUUCUGUAGGUGACACGUGUGGCCUAGAGCAGAUUGACAUGUUUGUACUUGGAUACUCCCUCGAAGUCAAGAUAAAAGUGUUCAGACUGUUCAAGUUCAGCUCCAGAGACUUUGCAAUCUACUACCCAGAGGAGCCUCUCAGGGAGUGGCCCGAGAUCUCCCUGCUGACUGAGAACGACCGCCACUACCACAUUCCUGUCUUUUAAGUCUGGCUCUCACUGGUGACAGUGGGCUCACUUGCAAGUGAAAUAUUCCUGAGAAACCAAAGCUUGAGUUGUAGCAGCAGCAGGAGUUGCAUCCUUUUCUCUGGAAUUGCAGGUAUUCAGGAGGGAGCAAGGCACACGUGUUUUUUUUUUCUUUCUCUCUCGGUGAUCUCCAAAGCAGCCUCACUGGGAUAUUUGGGGGUUUGUGGUUUGACCUUGGGGUCGGGUCUCUUCAUCCAAUGCCAGGCCUUUAAGAGCACACGAAAGUUUAAUACGGACAAGAACAGAAAAAAGAAAGCAAGUAGGGAAAAACCACUCACCUGGAAAGAAUGUCUUUAUGUUUAACUUUUCCAUCAUUCUUUAAGAAUUUCGUCUUGAACUGGUCUUGAAUUGUCAUAAACAUGGCUUUAUUUUAUAAGCAUUACUUUCCCAGGAUCUUGUUUUAUAUUAAUUUUCUAGAAUCACCUGACUGACUUUAAAAUUAUGUAUAUAUUUGUAUGUGUAUAAAAAUAUGGUUAUGUAGGCAAACGUGUACAUGCAGAGUUUUGUGUAUAUAUAUAUAUCUAGAUACUCAUAAAUAAUCACUACUUCCUGAUAUUAUAUAGUUUGAUCUAUAUCUCUACAUUUUUGUUACUGUUUAUUGGAUCAGCUUAAUAUGCUCUACUUUGAUAAAAAUGAUAAAUUCUAUAGGUUGAGGCACGUGAAUGACAAUUAUUAAACUAUCACAAGAUAUUAAA